GAUCUGAAGGGAGAAUACAAGGGAGGAGUCAGGCAAGGGAAAGAGGAGCUGGAUUUCCACAUUUCGCCCUAUUCUCUUCGAAAAGCAUACUUAACGUAAUACCAACAGUCCACGAGUUUUUGAAAACACAUGUUUUCUUAUUCAUACAGGUCUGAUAUCGGCAGGUAUGUAGGGAGGUUCACGGUAUUAGCUCAGUUUUCGCUCUAUUCAGCAAACUGAAAAGAAGAAAGACGCGGAGAAGGAAAAGUCUGGCUGAACAGAGUUGGAGUUGCAACGUAAAGUCACAUAGUCAACUCCAGAGCGCGAGAAGCACAUCUGCAACAAGCGAGUAAAGACUUCACUUACGAGAAGACAAAAAAGUUCAAGAAUUAUAGGAGGGGAAACAUCAUUCGAACACCCAGCUGUUCCACAUUUUAUCUGCUUGUCAGAUUCGGUGUGAGUGACUGGUGGACCGUUUGUGUCUCGGGUUUCACGCCGCCAUACAAACGACAAGGGUUCGAGGCGUUUAGCCGUGCGGUGACGGCUCAGACAAACCUUCUUUGACACUUGGCAAAUUAUUAACGGAGAUCUACAGUAACUGGCAGCAAAGGUGUCCUGUCUCCAUGAGGUGCUGAGGAAUGAGCAGUCGCCAUGGAAACCCAGUCCCAGGCCAGUUCUGCAGCUGAGAAGAAGAAGAAGGUGGAGACCAUUGUGGCAACCAAGGGCUUGUCCACGUCCGCCGACAUCAGCGAGAAGGCUGUGGCCUCCAGCACUACAUCCAAUGAAGAUGAGAGAUUGGGCACGCAGUACCACCACAACCGCGAGAGGCGCAAUGCCAUCAGCACCCAGGCCUCCACGCCUGGCACCCCUGGCAGCAAGCUGGGUGAGGAGCCCUCCACGUCCACAGAAGAGCGCCCCCCACUGGUAAAGAAAGAGCUGCACAGCUCGCUGCCCCACCUGGCGGACCACAGCCUGCCCUAUCGCGGAACGCUGUUUGCCAUGGAUCCCCGCAACGGAUACCUGGAUUCCCACUACGCACCGCCACAGUUUUUCCCUGCUUUCCAUCCACCGGUGCCCAUCGACGACAGACAUGCCCAGGGACGCUACAUCUACGAGCCGUCCCCUGUUCCCCCUCUACACGUUCUGUGUAGGCCUCCUUCGCUAGCCGGCAGUCCGGCGUUCUCCGACAUCUCCCUCAUCCGGAUCUCGCCCCACCGGAACCCCUCCGUGGGGGCCGAGUCACCCUUUAACCCACCACACCCCUACAUCAACCCCUACAUGGACUACAUCCGGUCACUUCACUCCAGUCCCUCACUUUCUAUGAUCUCUGCAGCCAGGGGCCUCAGCCCUGCAGACGCCCCUCACACAGCCCUGACCACAGCAGAGUACUACCACCAGAUGGCUCUCCUGGCAGGCCACCGUAGCCCCUACACGGACCUCCUACCCUCUGUGGCCUCCACAGCCGGAGCCACCAGCAGCACCCUGCACAUGGAGUAUCUACAGGCCAUGGAGAGCUCCAGGUUCCCCAGCCCCAGGCUGACGGCAAGACCAAGUAGGAAGCGGGCCCUGCCCAUCUCUCCCCUGUCGGAGCACAGCUUUGACCUGCAGACCAUGAUCCGCAACUCGCCCAACUCCCUUGUCACCAUCCUCAACAACUCCCGCUCCAGCUCCUCCACCAGCGGCUCCUACGGACACCUCUCGGCCGGGGCCAUCAGUCCGGCAUUGAGUUUUGCCUACCCUCCGAACCCCGUGGCACUUCAGAUGCACCAGCAGCUGCUUGGUCGGCAAACAGGGAUGGUGGGUUCUGCGUUCGGCCACAGUCCGCCGCUCAUCCACCCCUCCCCGGUCUUCACCACCCAGCGGCCCAUCCCUGUCAUUCCUCCUCCUGUCCUCACACCCAGAGAGCGCUCUGUCAUCUCUAACGACACCUCACACGUAAGAGACUCCUCCCUCCUCCACGUCAGAAGCCUCUGCGGUUCAUCAUCACAGACCAAACCCACCAGUGAGUCAGCGGUGAGCAGCACGGGGGAACCCAUGCACCACAAACGCUCCAAGAUCAAACCGGAUGAGGAGCUACCCAACUCAGGGGCCGUAAGUUGCCAGGACCAUCCGGAUGGGAUGACACUGGUGAAGGAGGAAGGUGACAAGGACGAGAGCAAGCAGGAGCCAGAGGUGGUGUACGAGACCAACUGCCACUGGGAGAGCUGCCACCGGGAGUUUGACACGCAGGAACAGCUAGUGCAUCACAUUAACAAUGACCACAUCCACGGAGAGAAGAAGGAGUUCGUGUGUCGCUGGGACGAGUGUUCACGGGAGAAGAAACCCUUCAAGGCCCAGUACAUGCUGGUGGUCCACAUGCGCAGGCACACCGGGGAGAAACCACACCGAUGCACCUUUGAGGGCUGUCCCAAGGCCUACUCUCGCCUGGAGAACCUGAAGACCCACCUGCGCUCCCACACUGGAGAAAAGCCGUACGUCUGUGAACACGAGGGCUGCAACAAGGCCUUCUCCAACGCCUCAGACAGAGCCAAGCACCAGAACCGCACACACUCCAACGAGAAACCCUACGUGUGUAAGAUCCCGGGCUGUACCAAGCGCUACACAGACCCCAGCUCCCUACGCAAGCACGUCAAGACUGUGCACGGGCCCGAGGCGCACGUUACCAAGAAGCAGCGCGGCGACACGUACCCACGACCCCCGCCCCAGGAGGGGGGGAAUGGACAGGGCCUAACACCAGGGCAGCUGGGAGGGUACGCAGACCAAAGGGAGUACAACCACUCUACCUCGAAACAGGACGAAUGUCUGCAGGUCAAGUCCAUCAAGACAGAGAAACCCAUGACGUCUCAGCCAAGCCCUGGCGGUCAGUCUACAUGCAGCAGUGACCAGUCCCCCAUCAGCGCCUAUCCCAGCCGUGGAGUCCAGCUUGCUGUGAGGGGAGGGGUGGGACUAGGACUGGGCGAGGGACUGGGAGAGUACGAGGAGCUGGAGGAUGAGGAGGAGAAGGUGUUGGAGGAGUUAGAAGGGGGCUGUGGUGCCCCCAUCAUGGACUCCACUGUGUCCACAGCCACAGCGGCUACGUUGGCGCUGCAGGCGAGGAGAAGUGUGGGCCGACCCAUGAGAUGGAUGGAGCACAUGAAGAUGGAGAGGCUGAAGCAGGUGAAUGGAGGAGGAGCCCCCAUGCCCAGGCAGGUCCCCCUGUCACCCACACCGCCACCCAAGGGACCUGCCACGCUGCCCGCCAUCCUGGGGAAGGAUCCAUACCUGGGCAGGUUAUCCCAGCCGAAGCCUCCUCCUCGUCCCGAGCUGGGCAGCACAGAACUUACGGUGCUCAGCUUGCUCCACAGCAUUGAGCGCGGGGACCGGCGGGACAGCUGUGGCAGCGCCACCAGCUCGGCAUACCUGAGCAGCAGCCGGCGCUCCUCGGGUAUCUCGCCGUGCUUCUCGUCGCGGCGCUCCAGCCAGUUGUCCCAGAGCGAGGCAGCCAACACCCCUAGUCACCACUACCGCCACCACAACCUCAGCUCCACCGACUCCUACGACCCCAUCUCUACCGACGCCUCACGCCGCUCCAGCGAGGCCAGCCAGUGCGGGGGAGGUGGUGGAGGAGGAGGGGUGUUUGUGGGUGGAGGGUGGGCGGGUGUUGGGGGAGGGACCAAGGGGAUGCUCAACCUCACGCCUGCGCAGCACUACUACCUGAAGGCCAAGUACGCUGCUGCCACGGGCGGCCCACCCCCAACACCGCUGCCCAACAUGGAGUGCAUGAGUCUGAAGACCCGCAUGGCCAUGAUGGGCGACGUCCAGGACGGCGCUGGAGGCAACUAUGCGAUGCCCCAGCUGGUCAGGUCGCGCCGCUGCAGCGACGGCAGCACCACCAACAGGUACGGGGGCCACGGUGGCUACCGAGACUACUGGCGGAGGGGCUUCUACCCCGGCGAGGGCCCAGGGAACGGCCCGGACCGGAGGGCCAGCGACCCCGUGCGGACCCACCCUCAGCAAGCACCGGAGUUCUUUGGGCUGCCCCAGGUCCAGUGCUUCAGCAGCCUCAACAACAUACACCCUCUGCCCCCUCUUUCAGGCCUCCAGCACCCCACGGCGAAGGGCCGCAGCUUCAGUCUGCAGAACUACACGCGCUCCGAGGUGAACCUACAGAGAGGGGGCCUGCUCUCCUCGCCCUGCCCCCCCAGCAUCAUGGAGAACACGGCCCUGGAGGCCCUGGCCAUGGAGGAAGAGGGAGCCCUGCUGCUGGGGGAUGAGGACAUGCUGCCUGACGACAUGGUGCAGUACCUCCGCUCACAGGACAAGGCAGGCUCCUACAACAACCACCUGGAGAACCAUGUGGCUGGGGACAAUGGCCAUCUCCCUGGGGGGGAGUUACAGGACCAGGGCCCAGGGCUGAACCAGUGCUUCCACAGCCCCCAGCAGCACCAACAGCGGCAGGGACUUAAGAGAGAGAGCCCUAGUAAAGACGGCAUGCCCAUCCAGUGGAAUGAGGUGAGCUCAGGGAGCGCUGAGAGGUCUCCACAGAGACAGCCCCAGGCCCAGUCCCAGCAGAGGUGUAGUCGAUGGACCGCCACAGAGCAGCACCAAGGUCUGGCUGCCGGUUCGCCAUUAGGGAGGUUUGGGAACAUGGUGGUGCAGCCGCAACAACCAUUCGCCAGAGAGUUCCAGAACCAACGCUGUGCCCAGCCAGCCCAGUCCCAAUGUCAGCCUCCAUGCAGAGUCAAUGGCGGGAUAAAGUUAGAGGAGACCACCCACUCCUGCAUGGAAAUGAGAGGGAACGACCACAACCCCACACACACCUUUGGCCGCCCUGACUUCUCCCAGAUCACCCUGGGGCCUCUGCCCCAGGGCUACGGCCAGCAGAAGUAUCAUAACCAGACCCAGAACCACAGAACCUCCAGGCAGAUCGGAGAAAACCUGCUCCUCAGCCGGGCCUCCAUGGACAGCCUCUCCCCGGCACUCCACGGCCAACUCCUGGCCGCCGCCGCCCCCCGCCUACAGCAGGCCAACAGCAGGCACCCGGCCAGACCACAGCAAUACCCGAAUCUCCAACCGAGCACCACCAAUGGUAGCCAUGUCAACCUUACCCAUCAGAACAUUUCCCAGCAGCAGCAGAGUCUGAGCAACCAAGGCAGCCACUGCUCCCUGGCCCGACAGGUGUCCGGGCUGAAGCUGGAGGUUCCUGACCAGGGCUACCUGGACCAGGGCUUCAGCAACCAGGUUGUGUGCUUUGACCCGGUGGAGACCAAGGCCUCGUCCUUCCCUCCCCUGGAGGAGCAGUGUCUGCUGGAAACCAUGACCGAGCAGGUGGGUCUAGGCGUAGACUCCUCGGUCCCGGCCUGUCUACUAUCUCCGGGUGCCGACCAGGUGACCAGUACGGUGGACAGUGGCGUGGGAGGCUCAGCCAACGUGCUAGAUGACGUGGUGGUGCUGGACUUUGGCGCCAUGCUGGAUAAUGUGGGGCUGGGCUACGACCAGGGUAGUCUGGUAUCGGGGGUGAUCAGCCCCUCCAUCUUCCAAGGCCUGUCCCGGACCUCGUCCCGCCUCACCACUCCCCGGGCCUCCGCCACCUUCCACAGCACCGCGGGCAUGGUGCCUUCCAACCUCAGUAACAUGGCCAUCGGGGACAUGAGCUCCUUCCUCACCACCCUCGCCGAGGAGAGCAAGUUCCUGGCCAUCAUGCAGUAACUUAAGUCCGUCCUUCCUUCACUCUAUCCCUCCCUCCCCUGUCUAAAAGGAAAUAGAGGAAAAACCUGAUGCAUGUAAAGAACUGAAAGAGGAAAAAAGAUGGCAACGCGACAAAUUAUCACAGUUUAUUAUACUUACCUAAAGUGUUUCCCGAAACAGAUUUGUUGCCAAACAGAUUUAUUUUGUAAAAGUGUCAUGCCCUCUCUUCUGAGGCGGGGAAUGUAUCAAAAAUUAUAUAUAGGUAUAUUCAAUUUCUGUAAUGAAGGCUAUUUUUGGAAGCCCUUCCCUUUGUAUUACUAUAUGAUGGUGAGCAAGUGAGGCCUCUGAUGGCAUCUCUGGUCUUGUCCCUUUGAAACAUUAUUCUGUGUACAGUCGCUGUUUUUUUUGCUGUACACUGUUGGUAUAAAUGCAUGUUGUAUACAAGGUCAAACAUAAACACUGUCUUCAUAAGUACGUAGACUAGCCCACGUGCUAAGUAUCUAAUCCUAUUGGAUGUACCAUUUACCAUUAUGGUCCAACAAUUGCCUCAUAUAAAUCCUUAUGUCAUCAGGUCAUAAGAGGGUCAAAGGUCAAAUAUUAGCUGAAAAGGCCCCUGGUUGUUAUCUUUCUAUAUUUACUUGUUAUAGAAAGAUUCAAAUUUUGUUAGUAUGUUACUUUUGCGAAUAUGUAAAUGUUAGUGUUUCAGUGCUUCUACCAAGUCUUACCAAGUGGGUGUGUUUGACAGAGUAUUACAAUAAUAUUGUGUUGUGUCCAUGUUUAAAGGACCACACUUCAAAGUCUUUGAAUUCACAAGCGCCAAAACGUAGCCCUUUAGUUCGUACGCCAAUGGCUUGAUUUACAAUGUCUGUCAUGGUACUCACAGGUGUAUAUAUAACAAUGUGUUUUUUUCAUAUUUUCUUUGUGAAAAUCCGAUUUUUGUUUUGAGGUGCUUUCUGUAGAAAACAAGCAUUUACGGACAGUAUGGGACAUUCUUUUUACUUUUUUUAUGCAACAGAUCAUCCAUUAAUUCUAAGCGUAGCACAUGGUUCACUGAUUUAAAAAAAGGGUACCAUUUGUUUUCUGUUUUUUUAUCCACCAUUGUAUUCGACCAUUUUAGAAAUGUGAUCCUUUUUUUGUCUGAUAGACAUUUAUAGUGGAUCAUCCAUAUUCUAUUCUCCAAAAGAGUACAAUAUGUCCUGCCACUAUGGAGUGCAGUGACCCUUUCAACAGUGUUAGUAUCACCUUGCAAUCCCACAUGACAGUGUACAGUAUUUUAAAUAGUUUCCUUAAUCUUCAGUGGCAAAAUGAGGUACAGAAUAGUUUUGAUGUUUUUUGGUACUUUUUGUCUUUUUGUAGCUGUGCAUCGAUGUUUUGUUUUGGAAGAGGUAAGAACUCAUUCCCUCGUGAAAGGACCAGAGGGAAUGCCCAUGAGGUAUGUGCCUUAAUAAAACCUGCCUGUCGGAAAAUAAAAAGAUCACUGCCAAUCUUCCAUUGUUAAUUCUGAAAAGAUACACAUGUUAAGUGUCUUGUGAGACUUGUAAAAUUCACAAACAUUUAUAUUUAAAAACAGAUUAUCAAAAAGAUUGAAAUGUGUGAAAUGCAUUAACUGUAAUUUUGUUAAUCUUUUUUAUUAAUUUUUUUUAUUUUUACUAUUGCCUUUUUUUUAUACCUGUAAAUACAUUACUCUUUCUGUAGGUUUAGCUCAGAUAUGAGGAUGAGGCAGAGGGGUCAAUAAAGAAAUGACUCUUAAAGCAGGGAUUCCCAGACCAGGCAGAUUUGGCUCUGAGUGGUGAAGAGCCACUUUGCUCUUUUAUAACUGACCACAAAUGUUUGUAUGGUUUUAAUAAAAAAAGGAAAUUACA